AUGGAGAACCAAACAGAGGUGAGAGAAUUCAUCUUGGUGGGUCUGACCAAUCUCCUGGAGCUUCAGAAUACACUCUUUGUACUCUUCCUGCUAUUGUAUUUGACCAGCCUAGUGGGAAAUGCUGCUAUUGUGGUUGUAGCAAUAGCUGAGCCACAACUUCACACUCCCAUGUACUUUUUCCUUGGAAAUCUUUCAUGCCUUGACAUAUUCUAUUCCACAGUAACCGUUCCAAAGAUGCUAGCUGGUUUUCUAUCAGAGCUGCAAACCAUUUCCUUCAGUAGUUGUAUGGCCCAGCUCCACUUUUUCCACUUCUUGGGCAGCAGUGAAGUCAUCCUUCUUGGGGUCAUGGCAUAUGACCGCUACGUUGCUAUAUGCAACCCAUUGCGUUAUACUAUCAUCAUGAGAAAGCAGGUUUGCCUGGUGUUAGCAACAGCCACUUGGUCUACUGGGUUUUUUCAUGCCCUGAUGCACGCAGUGGCGACUGCCCGUCUCCCUUUCUGUGGACCAAACCACAUUGAACAUUUUUUCUGCGACAUCAAGCCGUUGCUGAAAUUGGCCUGUGGCAGCACCCAACUCAACCUCAUUCUCCUCAAUACUGUCACCAGCUGCAUUGCCAUGGGUCCCUUCAUUAUCACACUCCUUUCCUACCUCUACAUUAUCAUGUUCCUUCUCUUCAAGGUGAAGUCACGAAGUAGUCAACAAAAAGCCUUCUCCACUUGUGGAUCCCACCUGAUGGUGGUGGCUUUGCUCUAUGUGCCAGUGUUGUUUAACUACAUGCUUCCCUCUGUGGGUAAUGCAUCUCAAAGGGACAUGAUGGUAACCCUCAUAUACAGUGCAAUCACCCCAGUUUUGAACCCACUUAUCUAUACACUGAGGAAUCAGGAGGUCAAAGCUGCCUUACAAAAGAUUCUAGGCAGAAAAGUUUCCACUUUCACCUGA